AGCUAGUGCAGGAAGAAACCACUGGAGUCUGUCUGUGAGGUGCCUAUGUUUGUCUGUCUAUCUGUCUGUCUGUCUGUCUGUCUGUCUGUCUGCGUCUAAAUACAUACAAAGCACCCACCCCAACCGCUCACGGACAAAGCAUCUGCCUGUCUGUCCGGAAUACUCUCACUUCGAGCCACUCACUUCUCGGCUCACCGACCGGUACCGCGCUUGUGGCCAGUGUCGCGACGCGAGCGAGGAUGGAAAUCAAGACAUCCCGUGUUCAGGCCGUCUUGAUCUCCAUCACCUUUCGCAAUGGACAGCGGCCCAGCAGCGGGGGGAUACACAAGCAGAGGAAAACAAGAUACAUACACGUCUGGCAGCUCUCACACACACAUGAAUGCGCUCACAAGACAAGAGAGGACCAAUCUCACGGUAUGACGGUCCCCAUGCACUCGAUGGCCCCCCCUCCCCCGCCCACAGCCACGCGCAAGACCAUCGGUGCUGCUGGGGUCGGCGGAUCUCGAAACACACAGAGAGCCGCUGCAGACCACACCAUGGACAGACAGACAGACAGUUUCACAUAUAAGCCGUGCAACGUACUUACCGGCGUCCUGGACGGCAGUGCGUGUGUGGCUGCAUUCGGUCAAGACCAGCGCCUCAUGACCGUCAGAACUGUCCGGCUGUGUCUGCGCCGCCCAGCCGAUCUUCCACACACGGACGUGCUGGUCCCAACCCACCGUCACGUAAUGCCAGUGGCGCUUGUUGCAGCUGUCAUCGCCACAGUGGGACGGAGCCAGCACACCACCUGCACACGCACAUACAGGCUGCAGACGUGCACCAAUCCAAUCCGGGUGUGUGGUGUGGGCGCGGUGCGUUUGCUGACAUCGAAGUGAGGAGUGGUGUGCGUUUGGCAGUGUCCAUGUGGGGAUGGCCUGGCUGUCAGUAUGGUCGCACAGCUGCAGCGAGUGGGGCUGUUGUGUGUGGCGGGAGAGGCGGACACGCGCAGAGGUAAUGGACUGGUCGUCACUGCCCGUGCAGACCAGGAGAUCCACACAUGUCGCCUACACACAUGACACAGACAGACACGAAGGCACACAGUACAUGGGUCUCUCUCUGUCUCUCUCUCUGUCUGGCUCCCUGACCAACCGUCGAUUCGAUGACGGCUGCAUCCACGGCGUUGGUUCCCACUUGAUGCGCCCGGUAGGAGGCGACAAGCCUCAGCCCGCCCUCGCCCACCUUGACCCGCCCACCUCUCCCCCUCCCACUCCCCUCCACACACCUGCCGCCUCUCUUGUAGCCCCUCUCAUGAGCCCUCUCCCACACACACGGCACAUCAGUCCACGCAGACGUUGCAGAUGCAGACGCAGCCUGACUCCCACCACCACCAUCGCCACAUGCACUAGAGGUGGCGUCAUAGAGCGAGACAUUGCCGUCCUUGGUCCCUACUAUCAACAGUACCACAUGCACGCCCCUUUUAUCUACAUCAGCCAGAGGGAUCGGCACAGACAGACACUUGAUGGCCAGCACGGUGGAGGGCAGGGAGGUGAUGGACUGCAGCAGGGCGUGAGUGGGGGAUGGUGGGAGGGCCAUGCGGGUCGUGUACAGGAGAGCUCCAGAGGUGCCCGCGAAGAUUGUCAGGUGGCGGGAAGAGGGCGACAGGUGUGACGCAACGGCCUGCAUUCACCAAAGACACACACAUGGGAUGGAGAUCUCUCCCUGUGCUGUCGUGCGUCUGUCUGGCUGACCAUGAAUCGCUGGUCGGGUAUCUGCGGCUCCGUCGCAAUGUCGCCAACGGCCAGCUUGCGCACAUGGGAGAGCCGGCCCGCCUGAGCCACGAACACGUUCAUAACCAUCCUCGCACCUGAACAAACAAACGGGCGGAUACGCACUCAUCCUGUCUUGCCUGAGCACAGACCGGCAGAAAUGACCAGAUGGGCGUCGUCUUGCCACUUGGCGACAUCGAGGCACCGCACGGCAGCAGGGUGCAUUACACAGGUCUGCACGGACGUCAUGACGGUGCCGCUGCUGACGCCACCGCCGUCAUCAUUAUCAUCACCACUCCCACUGACGCGGACGAGUCGCACCGCAUUGUCCUCACCCGCCGUCACAAGCAUGUCUACACACAGAGAGAGAAAGGAAAAAUGGGCCGGCCACACACGUGUGUGUGGACGGACAGCUUUUCCUCUCACCCACCUUUAUCGAUCCAUUUGAGAGCCAGCACCUCUCGCCCGUGGAAGCCAGGCACCAGCGACCUUCCCUCGCGCUCACUCUCAUUCUCAUCUUGUGACGAUGAUGGGUCCGCUUGCCGCGCCGCAGCAACGGAGUGCACCGAGAGUGUGUCGUGUCUGCUGAAGGCGAACGACAUGCGGCCUCCCCUGUGCAGGAACGAAAAGGCCCGGCGAGAGCCGCCGCAGCAGACGCGCCAAACCUCCUGUUUGCAAACACGAGGACAGGGGUGUUGGUGCUUCCUGACUGUGUGCGCUCAGACCAUUGAUGUGCUGAGGUCCCACAGGACGAAGUCUUGGUCGCGGAAGGCGACGAUGAGAGACUUGUUGUCAGGUGAGGUGGUCGUUGUUGAUGGCGUCGUGUGUAUGAGCUGGUGCAGCUGAUUCAGCUGAGACACACGGUAGGAAGAGAUUCGCUGCAGAGGAGGCGAUGCAUCUGAUCGAAACACAUCCAUCGUGACACACACACAUUCAGGUAUAUCUUCGUUCUUCUGGCCGGCCCUCUCCCCGUACCGUGGUGCCACUUGUAUUCACAGAUGCACCCGUCCGCCCCGCAAGACAUCACCCGCUCCCCCUCCCGCGUCAGCCCCAACACCUUCCCCCCACCAUGCACACGCUCCUCGCUGACAACCACCCUCCCCCUCAACAUCCCCUCUCCCUCUCCCUCGCCCACAGACACCCACACCACAUGCACACCUCCGUGCUCAUCGCCCAGCAUCACGUGUGAAGCGUCAACUACCAAGGCGCUCAUGAGACGGCAGCUUCUGGUCUUUGAUGUGGCUGGGGAGGGGGAGAGGUUGAUGGCCGCUGCCCCAGGGGGGCAUGGCGACAUAGGCGGGCUGACGGCAAGGGUGGUGGAUGGCGGCGCCUGGUCGUGUGUGAGGGCGGGGGUGUGGGGGAGCAGGCGUAUGUCGCCUGUGAAGUCUGCCGCUAGGAUGAGGGGAGGGUAAAGGUGGUCGGCGAGAGUGAGAACAAAGACACGGUCGACCCUCUUGUUGGUGUAGAUGCUGCGCUGGUAGGCAUGGAGCCGGUCAUAGGCCGUCCACGAGCCUUGGCCGCCGGGCAACCAAGCCACCACGACGCUCCCGUCUGCACAGCUGCACGCCAGCACACUACACACGGACAGGCCAGGCAGAGGGAGGUAUAUCGGUGGGUGCAUCCUGGCUUGGCUGACCAUAGUUGCUGACCUGCCACUGACAUCCAUGCCGGUGAAUUGUGUGGGGAUGGUGGUGGUCUCCAGCAGCAGGCGAGCCGACACAGGCCCACCGGCAUCAUUGGUCCAUUGCAGGAUGAACACCCGCCCGCUUUGUGUGGCCAGGAGGGCUGACUGGUGGUCGGUCAUGUGCACUGACUUGAUGACGUCUCUUUGACCGCUGCUGCUCCUCGUGUACCCCUAAUCUCACACACACAUAUAUCAAUCAGACCAGUGGGCGUAUGUGUCUGUGUGCGGUGCAUCGGUACGUCGGGAGGUAUCUGCCACGAGGCCACGGCGUCGCUUUGGGGAUUGUCGGCUUUGGCACCGUCCUCUAAGCGUGGCGGCAUGUGUUGGUCGACGUGCCAGAGCUUGACGUCGCAGUCCUCACCACCAGACACCACUGCACAGACAGACAUACCACAAUGCAAUACACCACAGCACACGGAGAGGAAUGAUAACAGAAGUGAGAAGGAAAGUUUGCUUCUGAUCUGAGUGAGUGUACCGAUUGGUCUAGUUGUGUGCCCCUGGACGCUCCGCACACCACGGCCGCAGUGACCUGACGACAUUUACACACACACACACACACACACAGAGAGAGAGAGAGAGCGGGGGACACGUGUGUGUGCAGAUGACAUGUAGAGGACAGAGAGAGAGAGAGAGCGGGGGACACGUGUGUGUGCAGAUGACAUGUAGAGGACAGCAUUCAUUCAGUCACUCACUCACCGAGGAAGGAGGCCACUUGUGUGCCAUCGGACCGCCACAGACGGACAGUCGAGUCCUCACUGACACGAACGAACACGCACAGCACCACACCCAGCCAAUGAGCAAACCUGCCUGCCUGCCUGCCUGGGGCGGUCCGUACCCUGCAGUGGCGACCAGGAAAGGUGCCGGGAGGAAAUGAGCGUCCGCCGCAUCAGCAGCAGCCGACGGCACCACUGAUACAUCCCACACCCUAACAGACAGACAGACAGACGCCCAUCCAGCCCCGCCCAUCACGUGCAAGUGAAGUGCUCAUGUGUGUGGUGUGUAUGGUAUGCAAUGGACCUGACCUGCUGGUGUGUCCCUCGAGCACCCCGAUGCACUCAUAAGGUGACUGACGGUCAUGCACGUCAACGCGCCGCCACACACGGGCUGUCCUACACACGCAGAUAGACCGGCCACACACACAAACAGACAGACAGAUGGAUGGAUGGAUCCAUCACACGUGCGGGUUUGUGUGUUUCCGUGGUUGCCUGCCCUGCCUGUCAUCGCUGGUCGAGCAGAGGACGGCCCCAUCAAAGAAGAAACGAAGACGGAACAACACACCUGUUUGGGGGUGAACACCAUGAUAUGCAUUCCUGCCCUCGCCCUCCCGCUUCUGCCUGCCUUACCUCUGUGCCCACAGAGCUCCUGCGUCACCUCCACACGCUCACUCGCCACGCCCGGCCGGUCCUCACCAUCAAGAUCAAACCACCACAGCAAUAUCUACGCAGACAUGGAAACACACGCUAUGCUGCACGCCACGCACCCUUCACACACACACACACACGACAAGCCAAGCCAGGCCCACCUUGCUGAAUGCAGUUCCCGCAGCAACCAACACCCUUCCGUCAUCACCACAGCCGACGACAAGCAGGCCCAUAGAGUACAGCAGGCUGUCGUCGCGGCACUCCACAGACAUCAGGCUGACCAUGGUACCCUCCCUCACACACACCUGCUCGACCGUGUUGUGGGCGCACCCCACCAGGAGGGUGAGGGGUGACGCCUGUGGCUGUCGCGGUGAUCGUGCGGUGAGCAUCUGUGUCGUGAGGAUCCACUCGCGAGUGUGGUAAGGGCGAUGGCAGGGCGACGGAGGAGUCGACACUGCAGUGCAUGCCACACAUGACAUGGCAGUGCGGUGCGCAAGAGGGUUUCGAUUGCAUUGCGGUGGUUGGUUUGUCGUUGGUGUUGCUUAGCUUACAUGAGUAGAGCUGCAGCCUCCUACCGCCCCAGGCCAGCAGAUAGGAAUCACUCUCACCACCUCACAGACAGACAGACAGACAGACACAAACACACCUGUCCGUCCGUCCGUCCAUUCAUUCAUCUCUCCCCUCCCUCUCUCCCUCCCUUACGUAGGCACCUGUGUGAUGGUCCAGGCCGUGGACAUGCGUGUGAUCUGAGAAGGCCAGCGGGCCAUGCAGCUCCCGACCGGUGGCUGCACUGAAGCACCGGAUGCAUCCGCCGCUGGCAAAGGCCACGUUCAUCUCGGCGUGUGCAUGUCCGUAGAAGGUCACAGCCUUGACAGAGCCCACGAAGCACCGCCAUUCAAGGGUGAGGUUGGACUCAUCGGACUUGAAGCUCUCAAACAUGAGUGGCUUUCAGUGGGUCCUGAAAGCCAUUUGGGCCAUUACAGCAUAGAGG